AUUAUAAAUGCAGUAGCUUUAGAUAGGACUAGUCUUAUUAAUUUCAUGUUUAGCAUUUUUUCUUUUAGGUUAUUAAUGGGCUGUUUCGAAUCAAAAACCAUUAUAUGAUAGUGUAUAAUUAUAAAUAUCGUUUUUAGAUUGGAUCUGAUGAUGAUGAAUGUAAAGUAUAAGUUAUUUUCUUUAGAAAAACUUGAAUAAUAAUUGAAGGAAUAUAAGAAAAAUGAGGAGAAUUAUAAGAAAUAAAUUUAGGAUCUUACAUAAAAAUUAGAGAUGAAAAAUAGUAAUAAAAAUACAAAUGUUUGAUUCUUAAUAAAAUAAUUAUGAG